AUGCCCUCAUUAACGACUUCGCUCGCCACACUUGUACAGUCCAUUGACGCUGUUUCACGAGAAAACCCAAGAAGGCGCAUGGAGCUCAUCGAGGACUGCGAGGCAAUUUUGAACAGUCAUAUCAGCGAAAAUAAGGACGCUGAUAUCGGAAGUAUUGCUGCGUCAGUGAAACGACAACUGCUUCAGCAUCCUGGAGGGUCUAAUUCAACACUUCGAUUCUCGAAUCUUCUUGCAAGACUUCUUGAACAAGCGAGUAAUUCGCCUAUCCUCACAAGGAAACACUCCGUUUUACUUUUCCUCCAAGCCCUUUCCACGCCCGUUUCAUCGAUUACAUCCCCCAUCGCUUCCUACCUUCCAUCUCUUGCUCCGCCGAAAAUCAACGGUCGUGCCAGCCCUCUCCCUGAUCCUAGCCCUUCCGCAAGGGUCUCCUCCCCGACCCUGGUUAUUGCGCCUCCCAAGUCACGUCCAAAACCAAAAACGAAAGCGGAGAUAUUGAGGGAAUGGCGCGCGCAACACGGGAAACCUCAUUUACCGGAGCACCUUUUGCUCCGUGAUGCCUUAUAUUUGAUUCAGGGAAUUUCAGGGAAAUAUGUUCGUUUCUCCCAUAACUCGUCAUCCUCUGGGGACCAAGAGAGCAAGAUUGUCUUCGUCGACGAUCCGGAGUACAUUGUCUCACCGCCUACCCAAGCGCUCGUGCACAAAUUAUCUGAGAUUGGGCAUCUUUACACUCGUGUGGCUCGAUUUGUCAAGGAAAGGGCGGGGAUGUCAUCGAUAGGGAUGAUAGAGCAGAGUCUGUCUCAUCACCUGCAAGCCCAGCUAACGGAGUACUACAAACUCGUUGCAAUACUAGAGUCUCAAAUGACGCACCAGGAGGACGUAGAUGAGUCUCGGACGGAAGAUAGUGGGCUGUCGCUACGCCGAUUGGAUGUCUGGAUAGACGAUUGGCGGUUGCGCAUGCGCAUGAUGAGUGUUUGCGUUGAGAACUGCAGAGGUGCGAAAGGCGGUGCCCUUGUCAGCCUAAUACACGGCAACACUAAUAAUGGGGAUCCCUUCGUACGGAGUUUCACCGACCAGCUUCUAGAGGAAGUUUCGAAGCCAUUCUUUCAGACUCUCCAACGCUGGAUCACCACUGGCGAGCUACACGACCCGUAUGAAGAAUUUUUCGUCGCAGCUCACCCGGACCUUGUCGACUUAACAUACGUCCACCCCAAUGUUCUGUCAGCGGACGAAGGGUUGGGAAAUGCUCCUCCGGGUGCUGUAGGAAAAAAAGCAAACGGAGAGGAAGUAGGGAGUUUAAAGCUUUGGGAGAGCAAGUUUGUGUUUCGGAGGGAGAUGCUGCCCAGUUUCGUCUCUGAAGAGUUUGGGAGGAAGAUAUUCUCAACAGGGAAGAGUUUGAACUUCAUUCGAUACUCUUGCCAAGAUGGCGAUUGGGUUGCUGCCCAAGGCAACCUGGCUAAGGCAGGCACGUUGAAGUACAGCGACAUAUCUGGACUUGAGCGAUCCAUAGAUGCCGCUUAUCACGCUGCGAGUCGUCGAAUACACGAAAUAUUCUUUCAACGGUACAAACUUUUGGAUCACCUGCUUGCUAUCAAAUCAUACCUUAUGCUCGGAUACGGGGACUUUGUUGAUCAGCUCAUGGAGUCGUUGGGACCGAGUUUGGAUCACGCAGCUAACACACUUUAUCGACAUAACCUCACCGCAACCCUUGAGACUGCAAUUCGCUAUACCUCUGCCUCUCAAGAUUCCACCGACGUCCUUCGUCGUCUCGACGCUCGAAUCCUUGAUUACCAACACGGUGAGAUUGGUUGGGACGUGUUUACGCUUGAAUAUAAAGUGGAUGCUCCGAUCGAUACGGUUCUUGGGGAAGAAUCAAUGAUUCAGUACGCCCGACUGUUCAAUCAUUUGUGGCAGAUGAAAAGAGUCGAAGGAGCCUUGGUUCAGGAAUGGGCUAGGGUUACGGGAGGAGCGAGAACGUUCUUGAAGGUUCCCGAGCAUGCACGCGAUUGGCACCAGGUUCGAAUUGUCAUGGCGGAGAUGAAUCAUUUUAUCCGCCAGCUUACUGCCUACAGCCAUAUGGAGAUAAUUGCCAUCCGAUGGAAAGCGUUGAUGGACUUUCUACAGAAGAAAGAGGGCGACCUAGAUGCCUUGAUAGAUGCACAUCAAACGUAUUUGGACACGAUUGUGCGGAAAGUAUUGUUACUUCACCCAAAGAACGGGAAAGAGGAGAACGUGUUGACUCAAAUUCGAGAAAUCUUUUCCAUCAUUUUGAAUUUUGAGAAAGCGGUUCAAAGCUUUUACAUGCACACUCUGGCCGAGUCCACCCGGCGAGAUUCAGAAAAGGACACCCAACGUGGUGUUAUAACAACCCUCCUUCGCCCUUCUAACUCUGAAAUAAUAACCCAACCUUCAUCUCCCUUACCCCAACCAAACUUGCCCUCUGCGCCUUCUCCUCCACUUGAUCUUACGCUUGUUCGUCUUCGUGAAUAUGGAACCGCUUUUUCCGAGCGUGUCACGACGAUCGUUUUUGCAUUGGGUAAUCAUCCUGAUCAAGAUUGUAGGUACUUGGCGGUGAAGCUCUCGUUCAGCGAUUUCUAUAGGGUUAAGGCGAAGGAGAAAGCCGAGAAAGCGGACAAGGAGGCUCAGCAGUUGGUGGUAGGGGUUGCGGGUGGAGGGAAGGAGGCUCCAAAUGCAGCGGGACGUCGGCCUUCUCAUGCAAGUAGUAUCACCUCUUAG